AGCCAGACAGUUGGACCUCUGUAGAAACGCCUAGAAUUUUGUUGGUUUUCCUCAUCCACAAAUAACACAAACAAAAAUCCGUAUCCAAAAUCCCCAGAAUAUUUCCUCCAAAAAAAAAAAUCCCUAGAAUAUUAAUUAGAUUAUUACUGUUUAUUUAAUCGUUUUAAUUAGCUUAAUCAACGUUGCUGUCAACUCAGCGGGACGCACCUGCGGAAAAUAUCAUAAUUUCUUAGAGCGGUUUUCUCGAGGGGACACGUUGCACCCGUCCACACCGACUCUCUCUCUCUUCUCCCUCUCCCUCUCUCCUCUCUCCUCUCUGCCUUCAACUCAAACGACAAAAGAAGGAAUUAACAGCGAACCCUUCGGAUAGUUGGGAAACGAGGGAAUUGUGGUUGCAAAUUCCAACUCCCAUUUUUUUCAAUUUCUCAGAGCAUUCAAAGAUUAAUCCUUUUCCCUUUUUUUUAUUUUUUAUUUUUUUGCCCCCUUGAUUUUCUCCCUCUUGUUUUGACAAAGAAAACAAAGACCCGCGGAGUUUCAGAGACUUUGGAUUCUCGGAUUUUUCCCCGUUCUAUCGAAAUUUCAUAGAGGGGGGCUUCAAGUUUCAUGCUUAUAUAAAAAAAGCUCGAGCCUUUUCGUUUUCUGCAACGAGGAGCCUUCUGGGUUUUGUGUUCUCUGAGUUUCUUGAAGAAGAAGGCUCUGUAAUUGUAAAUGCUGACGAGUUUGGAGAAAAUGAUAAGACUAUGGAUUGCGGCGCUGCAAUUUUCGGAGCUUUUUGUGAGCAGCUUGUUUCACAUGCUGUACGGGUUCUAUAUCUUUAGCACCGCCGUGGCCGGUGAUCUGUCGCAGGCGCUGAACGAUUUGCUCUCGAAGCCGAACGUGAGCAUUCAGGUGAAGGAUGAGGUGGCACAGAGAGACCUGUCGGCCAAUGGCAGCCUGCCACCUAUUGUUUUGGUUCAUGGGAUAUUUGGUUUUGGCAAAGGGAGAUUGGGAAGUUUAUCGUAUUUCGCCGGGGCGGAGAAGAAGGAUGACAGGGUUCUGGUGCCUGAUUUGGGAUCUCUUACGAGCAUUUAUGAUAGGGCUCGUGAAUUGUUCUACUAUUUGAAGGGUGGGCGAGUCGAUUAUGGUGAAGAACACAGCAAGGCUUGUGGGCACUCACAAUUCGGUCGAAUUUACGAACAAGGGCACUACCCUGAAUGGGAUGAGGAUCACCCUAUUCACUUUGUCGGCCAUUCAGCCGGAGCACAGGUUGUCCGUGUGCUGCAGCAAAUGCUUGCUGAUAAGGCGUUCAAGGGGUUUGAGAACACGAAUGAGAAUUGGGUACUGAGCUUAACAUCAUUGUCAGGAGCAUUCAAUGGGACAACAAGAACCUACUUGGAUGGAUUUCAGCCAGAAGAUGGAAAAACUUUGAAACCAAUUUGUCUGCUGCAGUUAUGCCGGCUAGGAGUGAUCAUUUACGAUUGGUUUGACAUUCCCUGGCUGAAGGCUUAUUACAACUUCGGAUUUGAUCACUUUAACCUCACAUGGAAGAAAGUGGGUGUGAGGGGUCUUGUUGAUUGCCUCUUGGGAAACUCAGGCCCGUUCGCUUCUGGUGAUUGGAUUCUCCCAGACCUAACACUUCAAGGCUCCAUAAGACUUAACAGCCAUCUCCAUUCCUUCCCCAACACAUAUUACUUCAGCUAUGCCACUAAGCGUACCAAGAAGGUGUUGGGUGUCACAGUUCCUUCAAGUAUAUUCGGAAUUCAUCCAUUGCUUUUUAUUAGAGUGUUGCAGAUGAGCCAAUGGCGUCACCCUCCAGAUGUCUCUCCCCCAUACAAAGGCUACAGGGAUGAGGAUUGGCAGGACAAUGAUGGCGCUUUGAAUACCAUCUCCAUGACACGCCCUCUUCUUCCAAUUGAACAUCCAAGCCGGUUUGUAAAAGAUGAAUCAGAUUGUCAUCCCUUGCAACCGGGCAUCUGGUACUACAAGAUUGUGGAAGCCGAUCACAUAUUCUUCAUUGUGAAUCGGGAGAGAGCCGGAGUUCAGUUUGAUCUGAUAUACGACAGCAUUUUCGAACGCUGCAGAAAGCAUGUAUUUAGAAAAACUCCUCAGACUUUACCGAACGAAACACACCAUUAGUUCAGCAUUCCAGUACUCUCACACAAUAAACUACAAAACUAGAACCUAGAAUUCAAAACAAAGAAAGCUAUUGAAUUAGCACCAGCAGUAGCCCCCCUUUGUUCCCCUUCUCUGACCUCAUGUAGAUGUUUAGUUCUCCUGUCUUUCGAUUUUUUGAAUUUUUACCCUCACCCUCCACUGCUGGUACAAUUUGCGUAGCUUUCGUUGUAGUGUAGUGAGAGAUAUUUAUAGGGUUUAGCUUUGUACAUCAGACCUCUCUGGCCUUUCCAAAGUGCAUGUAUUUGGAAACAAACAGUAGCAUUCAAGUUACACUCCUAUAAUUCCAUUUUCAGUUCUCAACAGUA